UGGGUGACCCCGCUGUCCCCCAGGAGGGUCCCCUCAGAGGUUUGGGGUCCCCGGGUGACCCCGCUGUCCCCCAGGAGGGUCCCCUCAGAGGUUUGGGGUCCCCGGGUGACCCCGCUGUCCCCCAGGAGGGUCCCCUCAGAGGUUUGGGGUCCCCGGGUGACCCCGCUGUCCCCCAGGAGGGGCCCCCCCGAGGCCCAGGACAGCCCCCGGCUCCCCAAGCAGCCGCGGGUGAGCCUGGAGCGCCUGGAGCUGGACCUGGAGCUGGACCCGGCGCAGCCGCCCGUGUUCCGCAUCUUCCCGGGACCCUCGGCCCAGGAGUUCAGCCUCAUCGUCAUCGAGCAGGGCUCAGCGGGGACAGAGGGGACACCGGGGACAGAGGGGACACCGGGGACAGAAGGGACACCGGGGACAGCAGGGACAGCGGGGACACCAGGGACGGAAGGGACAGCGGGGACAGCGCAGCCACACGGAGCCCUCCUUGUCAAGGAGGAGCAGCAGGAGUCGCCCAUUGGGGACACCGGGGACAGCGGGGACACCAAACCCGUGGGGCUGCUGCCCCCUGCCCCGGGGGAGCUGGGCCCUGCCCCGGGCUCCUCCCCUGGCCUGGGGCUCCCGGUGGUCCCGGUGGUCCUGGGGGCGCUCCCGGGGGUCUCGUGCUGCCGCGUGUGCGGCCAGGCCGGGGCCGUGGUGAUGUGUGACCGCUGCCAGCGCUGCUUCCACCUGCACUGCCACCUGCCCGCGCUGCAGGACGUGCCCAGCCCCGAGUGGACGUGUUUGCUGUGCCAGGAGCUGCCCCCGCCCCUCCCGGAGCCGGAGCAGGGCCCCUCCCUCAAGCUGAGCCCCCAGGACCAGCAGCGCUGCGAGUUCGUCCUGCUGGAGCUGCUGUGCCACGAGCCCUGCCGGCCCCUGCAGCGCCUCUGCAGCUCCCCGGACGGCCGCGACGCCAUGGACCUGACGCUGAUGCGGGCGCGGCUGCAGGAGAAGCUGAGCCCCCACUACCGCAGCCCCGAGGAGUUCGCCCGCGACGGCUGGCGCCUGCUGCGGCAGUUCCACCGCCUCACCGAGGACAAGGCGGAUGUCCAGUCCAUCCUGGGGCUGCAGCAUUUCCUCGAGAGCCGCCUCAGCGCCGUCUUCGGCGACCAGAAGUUCUCCAGGCUCCUGCUGGAUCCCGAGGAAGCCCUGGAGGUGUCUCCAGGCUCCUGACUGCCCCUCCUGGGGGCUGAAAGACCUCCCAGCACCCCGAUUUCCCCUCCCAGCACCCCAAUUUCCCCUCCCAGCACCCCGAUUUCCCCUCCCAGCACCCCGAUUUGCCCCCACCAUGGGUUCUGUUUACCCCCCACCCCGAGUUGGGGUUCCUCCCAGAACCCCCCCAGGAUGUGGGGGCGUCCCUGUCCCCCGUUAGCCUGGGGUCACGUGGGAAAAUAAAACCCUGGCUUGGU